UGCUGGGAAGUUACCAUGCCAACCUCAUGGUCCAUUUGUCCUUCCCUUUCAGAGAAAACCGGGAAGAUACUGACGGAGUUCCUCCGUUUCUACGAGGACCAGUAUGGCGUGGCCCUCUUCAACAGCAUGCGCCAUGAGAUCGAGGGCACCGGGCCGCCGCAGGCCCAGCUGCUGUGGCGCAAGGUGCCCCUGGAUGAGCGCAUCAUCUUCUCGGGGAACCUCUUCCAGUACCAGGAGGACAACAAGAAGUGGAGGAACCGCUUCAGCCUCGUGCCCCACAACUACGGGCUGGUGCUCUAUGAGAACAAAGUGGCUUAUGAGCGGCAGGUCCCACCCCGAGCUGUCAUCAACAGUGCAGGCUACAAAAUCCUCACUUCCGUGGACCAGUACCUGGAGCUCGUUAGCAAUUCCUUACCAGGGACCACAUCAAAAUCGGGCACCACCCCCAUCCUCAAGUGCCCCACGCAGUUCCCGCUCAUCCUCUGGCAUCCUUCUGCGCGUCACUACUACUUCUGCAUGAUGACGGAAGCCGAGCAGGACAAGUGGCAAGCUGUCCUGCAGGACUGCGUCCGGCACUGCAACAACGGGAUCCCUGAGGACUCCAAGGUGGAGGGCCCUGCAUUCACGGAUGCCAUCCGCAUGUACCGCCAGUCAAAGGAGCUGUAUGGCACCUGGGAGAUGCUGUGUGGGAACGAGGUGCAGAUCCUGAGCAACCUGGUGAUGGAGGAGCUGGGCCCAGAGCUGAAGGCGGAGCUGGCCCCACGGCUGAAGGGGAAACCGCAGGAGCGACAGCGGCAGUGGAUCCAGAUCUCAGACGCCGUGUACCGCAUGGUGUACGAGCAGGCCAAGGCGCGCUUUGACGCGGUGCUGUCCAAGCUGCAGCUGGCCCGGCCGGCCAUGGAGGCGGUCAUCCGCACCGACAUGGACCAGAUCAUCACCUCCAAGGAGCACCUGGCCAGCAAGAUCCGAGCCUCCAUCCUCCCCAAGGCGGAGGUGUGUGUCCGGAACCACGUGCAGCCCUACAUCCCGUCCAUCCUGGAGGCCCUGAUGGUGCCCACCAGCCAGGGCUUCACCGAGGUGCGGGACGUCUUCUUCAAGGAGGUCACCGACAUGAACCUGAACGUCAUCAACGAGGGCGGCAUCGACAAGCUGGGCGAGUACAUGGAGAAGCUGUCCCAGCUGGCGUACCACCCCCUCAAGAUGCAGAGCUGCUAUGAGAAGAUGGAGCCGCUGCGGCUUGAUGGUCUGCAGCAACGUUUCGAUGUGUCCAGCACGUCUGUGUUCAAGCAGCGAGCCCAGAUCCACAUGCGUGAGCAAAUGGACAAUGCCGUAUACACCUUUGAGACCCUCCUGCACCAGGAGCUGGGGAAGGGGCCCACCAAGGAGGAGCUGUGCAAGUCCAUCCAGCGCAUCCUGGAGCGGGUGCUGAAGAAAUACGACUAUGACAGCAGCUCGGUGCGGAAGCGCUUCUUCCGGGAGGCGCUGCUGCAGAUCACCAUCCCGUUCCUGCUCAAGAAGCUGGCGCCCACCUGCAAGUCGGAGCUUUCCCGCUUCCAGGAGCUGAUCUUCGAGGACUUUGCCAGGUUCAUCCUGGUGGAGAACACGUAUGAGGAGGUGGUGCUGCAGACGGUCAUGAAGGACAUCCUGCAGGCUGUGAAGGAGGCUGCCGUGCAGCGGAAGCACAACCUAUACCGAGACAGCGUGGUCAUGCACAACAGUGACCCCAACCUGCACCUGCUGGCCGAGGGUGCACCCAUCGACUGGGGUGAAGAGUACGGUGGUGGAGGUGACAGCGGUGGAGACAGCAGCAGCCCGGGUGUCCCGGAAGCAGCCACCCUUUCAGAAAAGCGCCGGCGUGCCAAGCAGGUGGUGUCUGUGGUCCAGGACGAGGAGGCAGGGCUGCCCUUUGAGGCUGUCCCUGAGCCACUGUCACCUGCGUCCCCAGACAGUGUCACAGAGCUCCGGGGCCUGCUAGCCCGAGAUUUGCGGGCUGAGAGCCCCCCACUGGCCAAUGGGGCCCCUGUGCAGGAGAGCCCCCAGUCCAUGGCAGCUCCUGAGGCCGCCCCGCCACCCGCCUCCACGCCCGCCUCACCCCUUCAGCAGCUCCCACCUGGAAAGGCUGUGGACCUUGAGCCUCCUAAGCCCAGUGACCAGGAGACCGGGGAGCAGGUGUCCAGCCCUGGCGGCCGCCCCCCAAUCCACACCACCACCGAGGACAGCACAGGGGUGCAGACCGAGUUCUAGGCCAGUCUCCCCCGAGCUUCUGUUGGACAUGGAAUAUGGGCCACUCCCUCCGAGGCACUAGCAGGCCCUUGGCUCCCAGCCGGGGAGCACCAGACCCGUGCCUUUGGGUGGAGGUAGGGCAGGGCUGGUGUGGCACCUGUGGGGCUGGGCAGGAACGAGCCCACCUGAGUCACUUUAUUGGGUCCAGUCACACUCGGUUGCUCUAUUUUCUCUUCUGUGGGACGAUCUUGGCUCUCCUCCUAGUGCUGUGCUGGGGGCUGGGCACAGCUGAGGGGCUGGGGAGCAUCGGUGGGCCUGGUUCCCUGAGCCCUCCCCACCGCCCUUCCUCCCUGGCCUGUUUCCCUUGUGGGUCCCACCAUCCUUAGGAAGAGGGAGGUGAAAGCAUCUGCUGUGACUCAGAGCCCAUGAAUUCUCUCCCCUUGGAACUAGGAAGACAGAAUUGGGACCCAUCUCUGGAUGGGUUUUGGAGUGGACACUGGCCUCGCUCUCCCGCCCCGGGUGAGGGGAGGUGCAAGGAGGGGGUCUUCAGGCCAGGGGAUGCUGGGGGAGUAGAGCCAUGGGCCUGGGGAGGGAACAAGAAGGGCCUGGAAUGUGCUGGUCUGGGGAGAGGACGUGUCUGAGGGGAGGAGGGAACUACCUCGGUGGAGGUGCUGCCGGGAGGGUGGAGGGUGGGUGAGGUGGCAGACAGAGGGUUGCUGGCCUUUGCCUCACCCUCCCCCGCUUGCUGGGGUCCAGUCUCCAGGUGACCCUCUGUCCCCACACGCUGGGCUGAGGGGAGGGUGGCAGGACUUGGUGGAUGUGGAUGGUCUCCUGCAGGCUGCUUCCAAGGUACGCACUGUCCUCGGGGGAGCUGGUGGGGCUCGGGAGGGGCAGAGGGAGGGGCCGUGGCACCCCCGGGUACCACUGAGCAUUUGGGGUCAGGCUUGGACUGGGCCUCUGCUGCCUCUGAGUCCCAAGGUGCCACACCCUGGAGACCCCUGGACUUUUCAGGUGUCCUUGUGAGUUACCUGGGGCUCAGCCAUCCUCCUUCCUCAGCUUCUUGUUCCUGAAGGUGAGGGUCAAACCAAUGCCAUCUCCAGGGGCUGGGACCUCCUGGCCUCCCCCGACCCCCUCCCCUGCUGCUUUGAGGGGCGGUCAGGCAGGGCAGAAACCAACCUCCUCCCCCCAGCCCUGCAUCCUCCGUCCCCUUGAUCCGCUUCCCGGGGCUGGGGCCUUGGACCCACAGGACAUGCAGUGCUGGCUGGUGCUCAGGGACCCUCCCAGGCCCCCCAGCCCUUAUCUCAACGCCUCACUAAUCUCUUCCACAACACACCCCGUCUUAAGAUGCUCUCCUCUAGUGCCUUCUUUUGGGGUUUUCCAAUUCUUCCCAGAUAUUGUAUUGGAAAUAUUAUGCAAACUGUUUUCAGCUUCUACUAAUCAAUAAAUGCUUUAUUUAAAGCCA